GCACUCCAUAUAAAUGCUGUUUGGUUGCUGAUCUCAGCUUCUCUUGACAACCCCUCCUCCUCCCUCCCUCCCUCCCUCCUCCCCUGCAUACUGCCUCAGUAACAUCACAGAGGAGCUGUCCUAGUGCUGAAUCCAGAACAAGGAAUAACACUGACGAGGGUUUUUCGAACAUCAUUUUGGAUUUUAUUUUUUGUUUUGUUUUUUUAUAAUUUCCAAUUUAAAAAAAAGAUGCCUCGAUCUUUCCUCGUUAAGAAGGUGAAAUUAGGUAAUUUCCACUCAUCCUCUGCAGUCUCAGCCUCGGAACAUCACAUUGAUAACGCGUAUGCACUAACCAAGUCUAUCACAGACUCUGUAGAGAGCUUAGGGCUCCGGGUCACAGAGAACGGGUACAUUCACAGCUACAUCAGCCCGUCCGUGUAUGAGAGCGGAGCGGAGAGGCAGGCGGGAGCCGGAUCCCCGAGCCCCAUCUAUACCAAAGUCAAUGAGGUUUAUGGAGAACCCGAGGCCCUGGAGCCCGACAGCCCGCAGUCAGAGUUCACCGCCGGCUACUUUAACGGCGAGGCAGCCGUCAGCGAGGGCUACAGCAUGGACGCGUUCUUUAUCACGGACGGGCGGGCGAGGAAGCGACCGGAGAGCGCUGCUCGCACCGCCCAGCGGCACAGCUGCAGCGAAUGCGGCAAGACUUACGCCACCUCGUCCAACCUGAGUCGGCACAAGCAGACCCACCGCAGCCUGGACAGCAAGCUGGCCCGCAAGUGUCCCACCUGCUCCAAGGUGUACGUGUCCAUGCCCGCCCUGGCCAUGCAUGUCCUGACCCACGACCUCAAGCACAAGUGUGAGACGUGCGGCAAAGCCUUCAGCCGGCCCUGGCUGCUCCAGGGACACGUCCGAUCCCACACCGGCGAGAAACCCUUCGGCUGUGCCCACUGUGGCAAGGCGUUCGCCGACCGCUCCAACCUCCGCGCCCACAUGCAAACCCACUCCGCCUUCAAACACUUCCGAUGCAAGCGCUGCAACAAGACUUUCGCCCUCAAAUCCUACCUAAACAAGCACUACGAGUCCGCCUGCUUCAAGGGGUCGCAGGAGGGAGAUUCCUGAACGCCUGCGCUUCAAAGGGGGCAGGGGAGAGGGAGGGGGAACAAAAUACAAAAAAAAAACCCACACAAACCCACACACACAGCAGAAUGGGAAAAAAUGAUUUAAAAAAGCACCUUCCUCCAUUUCAAAGCAAUACUUCCUGAGAUUAAUCUUUCUAAAAAAAAACUAUGCUGGAUCUUUGUUGAAAAGUUGAAAAUAAAACCUCCAAUAAGUUCAGCUUGCAAAGCUGAGGGACGAUACAAAAUGCAAGCAAGGACUACUCUACUCUUCUCUUCUGCCUUUCCUUUGGACAAUGGACGGAAGAAAUGGGAUGGAAAGCACUGGGAUAUAUUUGUGACUGUCAAAGCACAUACGUGUGCACAGAGCACACGUGGACACAUUCACACGUUCAAACAGGCAUGUGCAGGUGCACAGGCACACACAUGCAUCCACACACACACACGCAUGCACACACACACACACACACCGGUUACAUUUGCUCUCCCAGGACAUGCCAACGACAUACAUCGCUUGCAUGCACGCACGCACGCACAUGCAAAGAUGACCUCUGUAUUUUCGAUGCUGCUUUUUUGCUAAAGGAGGAGAAAAAAUAUUUAUUGCAUCUUCCAAGGUGAUUGAAUUGUACUCGACUUUUUAAAAACUGUUCACUUACGGGGUGUUUAUUGUUUCUGUUGAUCUGCAGACGAGAUAAUGUUUUUGAGUGUGUUGCUUGGUCAAUGUGGAGCGUGACUGAAGGCAAAUCCGUUUUUAUUUUUACACAACGAGAACUGUUUGUGCCAUUGCACUGAAUUCCUCUACAGUAGAAUCCAGAGAUUUGGCUGCUGACAGGAAACUCUUAUUUCAGCUUUAGGCUUUAAAGAUACAGAGCGGAAACGGGCCCUUCGGCCCACCCAGUCCGCUACACUAGCACUAUCCUGCACACCAGAGACAAUUUGCAGAAGCCAAUUAAC